AUGUGUUGCAAAGGUGGAAAUGUGACAAUUACACAGGUGUCUUCUCCUGACGAGUUGUUACAGUUAUUUUCAGACACUUAUACUGAAGGACGACAUUUUAGACAACAUAUUAGAAGUUGCAACCAUGUAAUAUUGUUUACUUUACAUGGUGUUCAUGUCAAUGAAAGUUUGGUUGCAACUGGUCAUGGUAUUUAG